GGCGGCGGCGAAGGCGGCGGGCAGAGCGUGAUCCAGGACCUGAGUCUCCUGCAGCACCUGCACCAGCACCCCUCCCGGGACCUGCUGCUGGGCGGCAGAGCCGAGGGCGGCCCCGGCAGCUCGGGCGAGCCGAAGCACGACGCCCAGGUCAAGAAGGCGAAGAGGCCAAAGCCAGAAACUCAGGGAAUCAAAGCCAAGCGGAAGCCCGGCGCUUCGUCCAAACCCCCCCUGGUGGGAGACGCGGAAGGUGCCGUCGCGUCCCCGAGUCAGAAACCUCACGUCUGUGAACACUGCAGCGCUGCCUUCAGGAGCUCCUACCACUUGCGCAGGCACGUGCUCAUCCACACCGGGGAGAGGCCUUUCCAGUGCAGCCAGUGCAGCAUGGGCUUCAUCCAGAAAUACCUCCUGCAGCGGCACGAGAAGAUCCACAGCAGGGAGAAGCCUUUUGGGUGCGACCAGUGCAGCAUGAAAUUCAUCCAGAAGUACCACAUGGAAAGACACAAGAGGACGCAUAGCGGAGAAAAGCCAUACAAGUGUGAUACUUGUCAGCAGUAUUUUUCGAGGACUGAUAGACUGUUGAAGCACAGAAGAACGUGUGGUGAAGCCAUAGGUAAAGCAGGUGCUGGGAUGGAGCCCGGAUCGUCGCAUAAUAUGGGUAGCUUGGCUGCGUUGUCUCAGGGAAAUACAAAUUCCUCAAGGAGAAAAAGUAAAACAAAAAGCGUAUCCACUGAAAGCAAAGGAAAUAAGUGUAGCAGCAAAGUAGCGGAAUCUCAAGUUACAAGUAAUGUGGCCAUGCCAAAUUAUGCAGUUGAUAUUCCUAUCGUGUCUUCCAGUGGUGGUCUCAUUGGCACAGGCGUAGAAGAGCUUCAGAAAAAGGUGCCAAAAUUGGUCUUCAAGAAAGGAAGCAGAAAACAGGCGGACAAAAACUACCUUAACUUUGUAUCACCACUGCCAGACAUUCUGGGGCAAAAACCUCUGUCUGGGAAACAGAGUGGCUCUCUAGGCUCAUUAGUAGCCAAUACCAGUGUAGAAAAUAUUGGCCUUCUCCAAAGUCCAAGUGGAAAAUCAGGUCAAAUAAAUAGUAAUUACGAUGAUGCCAUGCAGUUUUCAAAGAAAAGAAGAUACUUGCAAACUGCAAGCAGUAACAGUGCCUUUUCAAUUAAUGUCGGACACAUGACUUCCCAGCAGUCCGUCAUCCAGUCUGCAGGUGUUAGUGUUAUGGAUAAUGAAACUCCAUUGUCUCUUAUUGAUUCAGCAUCCUUAAAUAGUGAAAUAAAGACUUGCCACGACAAGUCUGGUAUUCCUGAUGAAGUCUUACAGAGCCUUUUGGACCAGUACUCUCACAAAUCGGAAGGCCAGAAAGAAGAUCCUUUCAGUAUAACUGAACAGCGUGUGGACUUGCACAGCUCAGGAGAACAUUCAGAGAUGGUUCAGGAAGAAAAUUUGAGUCCUAACUCUCAAACUGUUUCAAAUGAUAAGGCGAGCAUGUUGCAAGAAUACUCCAAAUACCUCCAACAAGCUUUUGAAAGAACGACCAAUAGCACUGGUUUUGCAUUUGGACCCAGUUUCCAGUUUGUUAGCUUGUCUUCAACUCUCCAUAACCACACUCUGUUUCAGGACAAACAGAUAUACACUACAUCUCCACUCGAGUGUGGCUUCAGCCAAUCCGUUACCUCAGUAUUGCCAACUGCGUUGCCAAAACCUCCGUUUGGGAUGUUGCUUGGCUCUCAACCAGGCUUUUAUUUAUCUGCUUUGGAGGCUACGCAUCAACAGUUGACUCCUUCUCAAGAGCUGGAUGAUCUCAUUGAUCCUCAGAAAACCUUAGAGACUUCAUCUAACUACCAGUCAGCAUCUCAGAAACUGACUGGCCAGAAGGAACAGAAAAACUUAGAAUCCUCAACAAGCUUUCAGAUCCCAUCUCAGGAGUUAGCUAGCCAGAUAGAUCCUCAGAAGGACAUAGAGCCUAGAGCAACCUACCAGAUCGAGAACUUUGCACAAGCGUUUGGUUCUCAGUUUAAGUCGGGCAGCAGGGUGCCAAUGACUUUUAUCACUAACUCUAAUGGAGAAGUGGACCAUAGGGUAAGGACUUCAGUCUCAGAUUUCUCAGGGUAUUCAAAUAUGAUGUCUGAUGUAAGUGAGCCAUGUAGUACACGAGUAAAAACCCCAACCAGUCAGAGUUACAGGUAAGGUCCCGACUGUGACCGAGCUGUGGGGUCUUCUUACUGUAGUUUUACUUUGACGACACUGCCAUUGGAAUGUUUCUACACGGUCCUAUUAAGAAUAAUGUAACAUGCCCUUUCAAUGCAACUUUUCAUAUUUAGUUUAUUUUGUUAGUGUGAUUUUUUUAGAUCUGUUUUAUUACGGUUUUUAAUCAGGAAUCAAUAGAUUAAAAUAGUGUUUUUGUUCAAGUGGCAACGUUUAGCAAUCAAAUUUACAUAUAUAGAUUGUCAGGGAAUAGCCCGUAAGUUUAAAAUGCAAAAAAUUAACUUUGUUCCUAGGACUAAGGUUUAUUCUAAUUACUUUACUCUCAGGAAAGUGUAACGAAGCAUGGGAAUUCUAUGCACCACUAGUGUAUUGGAACUUCCAAUUUACAGAUAAUGACAAAUAUAUAUCUCAAGCUUUUUAAGGAAGGGAUCUAUAACAUUUCACAUUGCUGUCUCUUAUGGCUGGGCUGGUCUGAAAGAAUUUUGCUACCUAAACCAUAUUGCUUUUCAAGUACUCCUGUUCUAGGUGAUGCUGAUUCCGGACAGGUUGAGCAGAUACUCUUGGAUCUGUACUAAGAACCCAGAACGGUAGCUUUAAUAUAAACAAUAAUGUCCCCAGAACUCCUUUGUAAGACUGUAAUUCCGUAAAGAGUUUCUGUUGACACAAACCUUGAGAACAAAAGGCAUGCCUCUGGUUCAUGCCAUUGUAACCCAACUUGAAGCUACAGUCGUAUUCUAGAUGUCCUUUUGAGAUGCAUUAUUUAUUUUACAUGCCUCUUUUGCUUUUUCCCCCCUUUCCGCAUUCUUUUGUUGUUUAAGAUUCCCUUUCUUUUGUUGUGCUCCCAGUACCUUGAUUUGUGUUUUUUUCCUUAUUUUACACCUUUUUCCUUCCCUUUUUGCCUAAAUUACCUACUUCCUCUCUUACACACCUUAGCUAGCAUUUAAAAAGUUUUACAUUCCAGGAAGUGCGUAUCUUACCAUGUACUUUCUGAUGUCUUAUGACAUCAAAUAAUGAACAGCGAACUCCCACGCAUUUUAGAAUUCUGUCAAGGUUUCCGUGUACAAUAAGAAAUAAUAUACUCCCAACUGUACAUACCGAGGCCCUGAUCCUGCAUCAGGAUCAGCUGACGUGGACCCCUGUGCCCCUCUUCGUUACCGGUGGUGUCAUUGGAGCUCUUUACGGAUACGGGGGCUUGCAGCAGUUCAUCGCUGCAGGCUCAGGGCCUAAGGCUGCAAUUCCAUCAAAGAUUUCUGGUGAUGAUGUCAACUACGAGAGUAGGACUUGUGUGGCUUGUUAAUAUCAGCAGAACUUUUCUUUGGAAUUAUUGCCUUACGUUAUGUAUAUUUUGUGGUACAUUAUUUAUUAUAUGUGAAUCAUGACUAAAGCCUGUGGAGCCACGGAAACCUGCUAGAAAUACUGGUGGCCAUUCAAAGCUGCUGAAAGGCAGUGGCACUGCUCUAAACCACUUUUUAAAAUGUAUUUUUGAUUAGUUUUUUAAUGUAAUUUUGGUGACGUUUAUGCUGAUGUUUUUUUUUUAUGUACUCUUGGUGAUGUUUCAGUCUUAUGUACUUUUCUGGUGUCGGGAAAGUACCAGUGGUUGUUUGCAGUCUUAUUGUGUAAUCAGCCUAUUACAGGCUUCCAUGUAUAAUAAAGUUAUUAACAUUGUGCAAGUGUAAAACACUUCUGUUAUGAAAGUGGUGUAUUAUUAAAUGAAUCGUUACAAAAAUCCUUUUGUAAUUUCUCCCUUUGUCCCUCACCACUAAAAUUUGAAACCUGAGCCCACUUGUAACCUCUUUUACUAGGCGAACUUUCUUUUUCUUACUAAUCUUGAAUUUGUUCCCAGAAAUCCAUGUAACUCCAUUAACAUUUUCUUUAUACUUGUUUAUGUAUUUCAUCCUAUUUCAGUUUAGAAAAAGUGAACAACAGCUGUUCUCUAUACACAGAUCCAUGUUAGCGGGGAUGAAAUAAUCCAUAACCACUUGUUGGCUUUUUCAGUACCUCUUCCUUUGUUUUUCAGAGGUUAUAAUUUACUUUCUUUAUAUUGUGUGUAGUAGAAAUUGCGUAUGUAUUGUUCUGGCUGUUUGCUUUAACUUAAUACUAAUAAAACCUAUUAUUCACAAAAUCAUAAAGAUAUCACUUCUAUUAUCCAGUAACGCUUCUGAGAGCAUCUUAGGGAAAUGUUAAGUGAGAAAGUUCUGAGAAGGUAUAACACAACAUUACUGGCAUGUUCUCAGCUUCUUUUCUUCCUUCAGUUUCUUUUUGGAUGAGAUCAUCUGAAUGUGCUAUUUUAGAAAUCAAGUCUCUGUCCCAUAUUUUGAGCUGACAAGGGAAAAAAAGAACUAACACAUUUCCUCAUACUUUCGUACAACCUCACCUUUUUAAAUCUGUGUUUUUUAUAUAUGAUGUUGGUUAAAAAUAUUAAAACUGUGUAUUGUUAAUUUCAAAGAUGUUUUGUAAUUGCUGAAAAUCCUUAAUGACACACAUAUAAUGCGAUUUUGUUCAAAGUAAAGAUUUUAGAAAGUCA